UGCUUGCCGUGGGAGUCACGAUGGUCCGGCCAUAUCCACCCUCUUUUUUGCUGGGAGGUAUGUGCUUGCUAUAUAGGUAUCCCAGGUCUGCGAGAGGGGGGCGGAAGGGGGUUGAUGAUGUUGAAUCUGGCCUUUGAACCAACAAGCAUCAAAUUAUGGAGGAGAGCUACGAGUAUCAAGACAGUGGGCGUUACCAACGGCUUGGGUUCUGGCUAUUACCAUUCAACAAAGCCGCCGCUGCCCUGGUGAGCUGCCAUCCACCUAACCUCGAGCGGUACUCCUACGACCAAGACACCAGAGGCAUCUGGAUAGACUUUUCGAACCCCGAAAAACAGGAAUACACCGUUGGCUGCAGUAACUCUGUCGACAUCUACCUCCCACAGGUUUGGAACUCGACUGGUUCGUCAGGCAUAUCAGAACGGCACGCCUCUUUUAGUGCCGUCACAGACACUGGUCCUAUCCUCCUUUGCGACGAGUCCGAGUACCUCUCUACAGAGCCCUUCUCCCACGGCAGUCAUUCAUACACGGUGAACUUUCGACGGGGAGGCAAACGAUCAGUCUUGGUGGCCCAAGGGAUCAACUCACUGGUAGCUUUUGGUCAUGGCAGAUUCUAUCAGUUCGAGCUACGGUGGGAGAAUGAUGGUCUCGAUGAGUUUCGCAUGGCACCACCGGUUCUCUACGCUUUGGGUCCAAGCCGUACCAAGACAAAGAGGUAUGUGCUAGGAGAAAAGGUAGGAGGAGGCACAUUCGGAAACGUCUACCGCGCUAUGGAUGUCACCACCGGGAGUGUCAUGGCAGUCAAGAAAUGCCAUCGUCUGACCAGCAAACGUCUCGACUUUGCCUCGAGGGAGAUCGCCACCCUUCUAAAGAUCAACAGCAGCGACGAGUCAACACCAUGUGACCACAUCAUCCAAAUCCUCGGUUACACGACCGGCCCCGACUGGGCCGAGAUCUACCUCCCCCUUAAAUCAGGCAACCUCAAAACCCUCGUUUCAAAGAUCCUCCCUCCCUCUUCCCAUUUCCACGUCUCCAACCUUGUCCUCCACCAAAUGCUCCUCGCUCUUCAUCACCUCGACCAACACAACAUCAUCCACCGUGAUCUCAACCCCGAAAACAUCCUCUGGGAGCACUCCCCUUUCGGAACAGGAGACUACCACUUCACCCUAGCCGAUUUCGGCCUCUCCAUGUGCACCUCCUCCCAAGCUCCCCGAGCCAAAGAAGUAGCCGGCACAACACCCUUCAUGGCCCCCGAGAUGUACCACACACCACUGAAACAACACACUUCCAAGGUAGACAUCUGGUCGUUAUUCGCCACGGUUGUAUGGGUGCGCAACAAGCGCUUUCGAAAGGGGUGUGAGCUGGUAGGACCGCAUUUGGUGCAUGUGUGGCUGAAUAGGAUUGCGGGAAACAAGAAGGGUGGGGAGGGGGGAUAUGAGGGAAUUAGGAGGAUGGCGUGCUUUGAUCCGGGGAGGAGGCCGUCGGCUGGGGAGCAAUUGGAGAUUUUGGAGAUGGAGGAGGAGGCUGAGAUGGAGGAUUUGGUGGAGGAGAUGCCGGCUUAUUGGCAAGAUGAACCGUCGCAUAUGACUGGAGCGAUAGGGGAAUAUGGAUGGGAUGGGACGGAUAGCGCAUGGUCUAGUGAGGGAUAUGCGCUUCCCAUGGAAGUACCGUGGGAUCAAGAGGGAUGGAUGCCAAGCUAUGAUGGCCACUCAUGUCUGGCAAAGAGUCCAAGGGACGAAGCCGAUGCCGCCAUGGCGAUGUGGAAGGCCUGGUACCUCGCAACGGACGGAUAGUUUUCACGGUGUUUCCGAAUAAUACCUUCUAUCCAAUGAUUUUAUUUACCCAACCCUACCCAAAACUCCAAGCCAUACUAAACAUUACAAGACAUUAUUCUUGACCUCCUCCAAGCCAUCACAGGACAACAACAAGUCGCACGCCUUACAACUUGGUCUUGGCAGAGGGAGCGUUAAAGUUGGGGUAUCCCUUCUCCUUCCACUCAUAAAAGCUCAUGCCGUUCGCCGACGAGGGCAUGCGAACGACCAAAGGA